AUGCAUCUGGAGGCCCAUUUCACCAAGAUGAAUCCAAUCCCAGUCAGACCCCCGAAAGUCUACACCAGCGAGGUAGACCAGUGUCCACCCACGAAUGACUUUAUCAUCGGGACUUGGCACGUUACCCACUCCAGUCUCCCCCUGUGGAAGGGCAAGCGCAACGUCAACAUCACCUACAAGCUUCUCCCAGCAGAUGCAGCUGGGAUCCAGAAAAUUGACGAUCUUGUCCAAUACCAAGCCAUUGACUCUGAAAAAAUCAAAUCUGUCCAUGGCGUGGACACCCCGGCCCCAGAUAAUCCCGGCGCCUGGGAUUGGCGUGGCAGAGGUUGGCUGAUGAUCGCAAGCUCACAUUGGGAGUGCCUUGGGUUCGGCGAUGUGGAUGAUAACCAGUGGGUUGUUACGUACUUUGCCAAAACACUCUUUACUCCUGCUGGUAUUGAUGUCUAUUCCCGGAAUAAGGAGGGGCUUUCCCAGACCACUGUUGACCAGAUACUUAAUGCCCUUAAGGAGCUUGGUAUCAAGGAUAUUACCGAUCUUGUGAAUGGGAUAUUUGAGAUCCCACAGAACUAG